CCCUCUCUCUCUGCCCUUCACCCCACUCAUGCUCUCUCUAUCUCUCUCAAAAUAAAUAAAUAAACUUUAAGAAAUGUGCAAAAAGUACAUAAAUAGAGUAUAAGAAAUGAGUUGUGUUCGAGACAGGGGACAGAGGCAGAACUGGGUAACCUCUGAGCCACCAAAGCAGAAAGGAGCACAGAAAAUGUGUGAUGACAAUUCAGGAGCAUGUAUUUUCUGGUGGAUGAGGGAAGGCUUCAUGGAGGAGAGGGCACAUGAGCUGGCACUUUUCAACAGGUAAGUUUUAGAGGGGAAGAGUUGGAACAGAGAUGUCCUGGAGACCUAGAAGCCCAGUUAUCAGGUAAUUAUAGUAGGACAGGUGGCGAGGAGAACAGAGAUAGUGAGGUAAUUGGGGGAUGGAGAGGAGGGAGGAGUGUUAAGGAUAACUGCUUAAAUGGGGACAAGUCAAAGGGGGAGCGAAGUGUUGUGAGUCUGGGUAAUUAGAGGGAGAGUAAUGAACCCAGCUCUUCCUGAAAGCUCCCCCAAAAGGGUGAUGGUGCCUUGGCCUUCUGAGAUGGGGAGGUAGAGCUCUGCUGGGUGUUCUGAUCCAGGACCACCUCAUGAAGCUUGAAAUGGCCAAGUCAUGCUGCUGUGCUCUGAAGAUCAUAGAGGACCUGGGAGCAUCACCAUGAAAAGGCUGGUCGGGCACCUGCACACCCCAGCCCAGUUUCAUCUUUCCUUCAUCAAACACUCCAUGUGCUUCUACUCUGUGCCAGGUGGUGCUGGGAAACCAAUCUGGGUGACCUUACGGUGCAAACAGAUCUCCAUUAGGCAGGCUCAAAAAAUCUCAUAUUAAGAAGGAGGAUUUCCUGGGGCCUCUGGAUGGGUCAGUCUGUUAAGCAUCUGACUCUUGAUUUCAGCUCAGGUAGUGGUCUCACGGUUUGUGAGAUUGAGCCAGGAGUCAGGUUCCACACCGGCAGCACGGAGCCUGCUUGGGAUUCUCUCUCUCUCUCUCUGUCUCUGUCUCUCUCUCUCUCUCUGUCUCUGUCUCUCUCAAAAUGAUUUAAAAAAAAAAAGAAGCUUUCCUGAUUACUACUUCUACACUGCUUCUUACAGUGUGACAAAGUGUUAUAGAGAAACAUACAGGAAGGGGGGUAGUUGGCUCUGUCUGGGGAUCAGGGAAGGCUUCCCCAAGGAGGUGAAUCUUCAGCUGAAGCUUUCAGAUUGAGGAGGACCUCCUCCAGUUGUGGGAGUUGAUAUUUCAGGUGAAGGGAACAGCUCUCCCCCAUGAGUCCUGCUGGAAUUCAGACUUCUCCCAGAGCUACCAAAAAAACAUCAUGCGGGGAAAUAAUUUUUCCAGUCUCCUGCAGGGGUCGCUGCUGCCCCAGGCUGAGGCUGCCACCUCUCGACUGCCCCAGUUCUUUCCAACUGAACUCAGAGUCUGUCUUUGCUGGGGUAGUAGUGAGGUACACUCUGGACCUGCUUCUAUCGAAGGAGUGGGCUCAGGGGUAGCAGUCCCCCCUGAAGCCUGAAGAAAUCAUCUGAGCUCUGUCAAUGGCACUUGGGGGGAGGGGUGUAGUAGGUACAGAUAUUUUUCUGUCUCUGGGUCACCACAAGUUUAUUAAAAUAAAAGCAACUGUGGGUAAAUGCUGCCAUCUGUGCUGCCCCCCCCCCAACAAAUCAGGCCCCAGACUAGACGCAGCGGUUGAAGCUGCUUUAAAACACCCCAAGGACUUAACUGAAAACCCACACUCCCCAUGCUUCUGGGGCUUAAGAUCUUGAGCUCAUUCCUCAGUAUCUCUCCUCAGGAAGGUGGGGUGGGCUGCCCCGUGAGGUGGAGGUGAAGACCCCUGAGUCUGCUCCACAGACUGAGAGGCCCCCUAAGCCUAGAGCCCUGCUGCGGGGCUCUGUGCCAAGAGCCCCCGUGAGCCAUGGCCUCGAAAGGGCAGCGGUGAUUUUUUUCACAUAAAUAUAUCGCACUUAAAUGAGUUUAGACAGCAUGACAUCAGAGAGUAAUUAAAUUGGUUUGGGUUGGAAUUCCGUUUCCAAUUCCUGAGUUCAGGUUUGUAAAAGAUUUUUCUGAGCACCUGCAGGCGUAUGUGUGUGUGUGUGUAUGUGUGUGUGUGUGUGUGAAGUAUUUUCACUGGAAAGGAUUCAAAACUUAAAAAAAAAAAAAAAAACUGGAGCACACAGGCAGCAUUACGCCAUUCUUCCUUCUUGGAAAAAUCCCUCAGCCUUAUACAAGCCUCCUUCAAGCCCUCAGUCAGUUGUGCAGGAGAAAGGGGGCGGUCGGCUUUCUCCUUUCAAGAACGAGUUAUUUUCAGCUGCUGACUGGAGACGGUGCACGUCUGGAUACGAGAGCAUUUCCACUAUGGGAUUGGAUACAAACACACACCCGGCAGACUUAAAGAGUCUCAGACUGAGGAGAAAGCCUUUCCUUCUGCUGCUACUGCUGCUGCCGCUGCUUUUGAGGGUCCACUCCUUUCAUGGUUUUUCCUGCCAAACCAGAGGCACCUUCGCUCCUGCCGCCGUUCUCUUUGGUGUCAUUCAGCGGCUGGCCAGAGGAUGAGACUCCCCAAACUCCUCACUUUCUUGCUUUGGCACCUGGCUUGGCUGGACCUGGAAUUCAUCUGCACUGUGUUGGGUGCCCCUGACUUGGGCCAGAGACCCCAGGGGGCCAGGCCAGGAUUGGCCAAAGCAGAAGCCAAGGAGAGGCCCCCUCUGGCCCGGAGCAUCUUUAGGCCAGGGGGUCACAGCUAUGGUGGGGGGGCCACCAAUGCCAGGGCAAAGGGGGGCACCGGGCAGACAGCAGGCCUGACACAGCCCAAGAAGGAUGAACCCAAAAAGCUGCCCCCCAGAUCGGGUGGCCCUGAACCCAAGCCAGGACACCCUUCCCAGACAAGGCAGGCUGCAACGCGGACUGUGACCCCAAAAGGACAGCUUCCUGGGGGUAAGUCACCCCCAAAGGCAGGAUCUGUCCCCAGCCCCUUCCUGCUGAAGAAGGCCAGGGAGACUGGGCCCCCUCAAGAGCCCAAGGAGCCGUUCCGCCCGCCCCCCAUCACACCCCACGAGUACAUGCUCUCGCUGUACAGGACGCUGUCCGAUGCUGACAGAAAGGGAGGCAACAGCAGCGUGAAGUUGGAGGCUGGCCUGGCCAACACCAUCACCAGCUUUAUUGACAAAGGGCAAGAUGACCGAGGUCCUGUGGUCAGAAAGCAGAGGUACGUGUUUGACAUUAGUGCCCUGGAGAAGGAUGGGCUGCUAGGGGCCGAGCUGCGGAUCUUGCGGAAGAAGCCCUCAGACGCGGCCAAGCCAGUGGCCCCCGGCAUCAGGCGGGCUGCCCAGCUGAAGCUGUCCAGCUGCCCCAGCGGCCGGCAGCCGGCAGCCUUGCUGGAUGUGCGCUCCGUGCCAGGCCUGGACGGAUCUGGCUGGGAGGUGUUCGACAUCUGGAAGCUCUUCCGAAACUUUAAGAACUCAGCCCAGCUGUGCCUGGAGCUGGAGGCCUGGGAACGGGGCCGGGCCAUGGACCUCCGUGGCCUGGGCUUCGACCGGGCUGCCAGGCAGGUCCACGAGAAGGCCCUGUUCCUGGUAUUUGGCCGCACCAAGAAACGGGACCUGUUCUUUAAUGAGAUUAAGGCCCGCUCCGGCCAGGAUGAUAAGACUGUGUAUGAGUACCUGUUCAGCCAGCGGCGAAAAAGGAGGGCCCCACUGGCCACGGGCCAGGGCAAACGGCCCAGCAAGAACCCCAAGGCCCGCUGCAGUCGGAAGGCACUGCAUGUCAACUUCAAGGACAUGGGCUGGGAUGACUGGAUCAUCGCGCCCCUUGAGUAUGAGGCCUUCCACUGUGAAGGGCUAUGUGAGUUCCCCUUGCGCUCCCAUCUGGAGCCCACGAACCAUGCAGUCAUCCAGACCCUGAUGAACUCCAUGGACCCUGAGUCCACGCCACCGACCUGCUGUGUGCCCACACGACUGAGUCCCAUCAGCAUCCUCUUCAUUGACUCUGCCAACAACGUGGUCUAUAAGCAGUAUGAGGACAUGGUUGUGGAGUCUUGUGGCUGCAGGUAGCAGCACUAGCCUUCUGUCUUCCUGGCUGGCACAUCCAGGAUGCUGGUCACAAGAGCCCCUCCCUGCACUCCCAGAAUCAGAGAAGUCGGGAAAAUACAGCCGGGACGUCUACACAGCCUGCACGAAAGGGGAUUCCAACAGCCUUGCUCUUACUCUCUGAGUGGGACUGGGUUAGAGAUUCCUUUCUAGCCACAAGUCCCCUUGUCUGAAGAUUUCUGCCCUUCUGCUGCUCUGACUGCCGGGACAGACCCAGGGAGACAGACUGAAUGGGACUGAAACCCAGGAGAUCUUGUUUUCCCCUGAGACCCAGCCCACACUUCUCCUUACUUGGGCCUUGUUGGCUUCUGGACUCUCCAGGGAGGGCUCCUCUCGGGAAAGCCACACCUGCCAUCCCCACCUUGAAUCACCAUUGUGCCUGGUGACUUUCUGCCCCUGGGGCAGAUGAGAUGCUGAUUGGGCAGGGGUGGGCAAGACGGGGAGAGGGCUCGGGCAGGGGUGAGGAGUGUGAGGCUGUUAGACUGUUAGAUUAAAAUGUACAUUGAUGAGAUAAAAAGCAAAACUGUUACCAAAACGGUGGCAAAUUUCUUGUUUACUCCAGGGGACCCAGUGACCUCCUCAAAGCAUGACUGACCCAUGGAGGGGAGGUGGGUUGCCUGAAGCAAAUCAGGACAGACAGUAUAAGCUGAGUAGGGCCAAUGCUACCUCUAACCCCACUCCUGUUCCUUCCAAAGGCCUUUUGGUCUGGAUCUCCAUCUGCUUCUCCGGGGUCUGGCAACAGACUUAGGUUUUCUUUUUGACAUUCUUCAAUCAAGCUUAUUGUCUCCUAAAUGGAACCCUACAUGGGAGGGAAAUUGGGGGUUUCAUUUCCUCUAAAAUCAUCCCUACCUCAUUCACUACCUGCCCCCCUCCCCAUAUACUCACAGAAUCCACUGGCCACCAUUUAGAGGGCCCUCUACCUUUCCGUGGGGAACCUGGGCUGCCAGAGAUCUCCUCCCCUGUUGAGGCAUCUUCUUUUUGCCACUGACCACUGUUUCUUGAAUGAUCUUCUGUAGCUCCACUACCCUCCAGCUUAGCACCUUUAUCACUCCUCCCCGCUCAUCCAUCACUUACUACCCAUCACCCCAGCUCCAGAAACAGAGCUGGAGUCCUUCCCCUUUACAUUUUAUAUUAUACAAGUACAUAAUUAUACAUUUGAUAAGCAACCUCCCCACUAA